GACACCGUUAAAUCCAAUUCUCUUGACAGCUCUAUACACGCACAAAAAUCCUGGUCCAAUCAAAUGGAUGAUGAAGAUGUCCCCUACAGAUCUACAAGAACUCCUACUACUGAAUUAAUGGACACUCAAC